GGAAUUAGAGACCAAAUGAAUUGCUUUUCAUGUUUAUAUUUCCAUGAAAAUAAAAAAGCUCCCAAAGAUUCAGACAACAGCCGCCGAAGAAAUGGUGAGUUGACCGGUAGAGACAACAACAAAACACACCCUGAGAAUCCAAAGCCUAAUAAGACUGGAAAUGAGCAGAGCAAGAACGAUGAUGCAAACAAAGAACUGACCAACAACAUUGCUGCGCAAACAUUCACCUUCAGAGAGCUAGCUACUGCUACCAAGAAUUUCAGACAAGAAUGUCUGAUCGGUGAAGGCGGUUUUGGAAGGGUUUACAAGGGAAAAAUCGAAAAAUGUGACAAGAUUGUGGCAGUGAAGCAGUUAGACAGAAAUGGGCAGCAAGGGAACAGAGAGUUCAUCGUAGAAGUGUUGAUGUUAAGUCUUUUGCAUCACAAGCAUCUCGUGAAUCUCAUUGGAUAUUGUGCUGAUGGAGAUCAGAGACUUCUUGUCUAUGAGUACAUGUCUCGUGGUUCACUCGAAGAUCAUCUCCUCGAUCUAAAACCGGGCCAGGUACCAUUGGAUUGGGACACAAGGAUUAGAAUUGCGCUAGGAGCAGCCAUGGGUCUUGAAUACUUGCAUGACAAGGCAGAUCCUCCGGUGAUCUACAGAGAUCUCAAGGCAUCUAACAUCCUUUUGGACAGUGACUUCAACGCCAAGCUAUCAGAUUUUGGACUAGCAAAGCUAGGUCCUGUCGGUGACAAACAACAUGUGUCCUCUAGAGUUAUGGGAACUUAUGGGUACUGUGCUCCAGAGUAUCAACGAACCGGUCAGCUAACCAUUAAAUCUGAUGUUUAUAGCUUCGGAGUUGUGUUGUUGGAGUUAAUAACUGGACGAAGAGUUAUUGAUACAACUAGACCUAAAGAUGAACAUAAUCUAGUUACUUGGGCACAACCUGUGUUCAAAGAACCGAGUAGGUUCCCGGAGUUAGCUGAUCCAAGUUUGGAGGGAGUGUUCCCGGAGAAAGCUCUUAACCAGGCCGUAGCGGUAGCAGCAAUGUGUUUACAGGAAGAGGCAACGUUACGGCCACUCAUAAGCGACGUUGUAACCGCUCUAGGUUUCUUGGGAACUGCUCCUGAUGGCACUAUAGCUGCUCCACGUUACGACGAAGUACGUCCUCCUCAGCCGUCGGGUGAAACCUCCGGUGAGGAUUCUAUGGCACCGAAAGAACGGGAAAGAGCCGUGGCUGAGGCAAUGGAGUGGGGAGUUGCUUCGAGAGCAAAUUCUCGGAAUACAAGUGCAGCACACUCCUUAAACCCAAGUGCAGCACCCUCCCGGAACCCUAGUGCAGUACAUUCACGGAACCCUAGUGCUUCUUGAUUUUAAUUUUUAUCUUUUUUUUUGUUUCUUGAUAUUUUUUUUGGGGUUUGGUUGUUUUCUUUUGCUUUAAGUUUCAGAGAGUUAGUGAUAGAAGUUGAUACCAUCUUCUUUUUUAAUGUUCUGCUCUGUUUCAAUUGUGUAU